UGCAGUUUCAUGUGAAGCAGUUCUCUUGAACAAGCUGCCUUCACUUUCCUUUCUUGUGAGAAGAGGGGAAACAGAAAUCUAAACAGAUGGUUUAACUUUCGUUUCUCUCCCCAAGUAGACAUCCCUCCUCCACCCCUCUAUGAUCUGUGUUGCACUAGAGGGCAGUGCUGUUUAUUGGGGUCUCUGAAGUAAAACUACAGCGUAUACCUGCAGACAGUACUGCAAAAUUAAAACACUACGUGUGGAGUACACAUAUUGGAAACCUCCUGUUUAUUUUCUAUAGCUAUGAACUCUCUACCACCUUACUCAGGAGCUAGAAUAUCUGGCUGUUGGACUCUAAGAUCUGAUGGCAGUGGGAGCCAAGAAGGAUCUCUAGACAGGUUACUUCCUUCUGUAAGCACAGGCCUUUCCCCCAGGAAAAGGACCACCAGCCAGUGCAAGUCUGAGCCGCCUCUGCUGCGCACAUCGAAGCGGACCAUCUACACGGCGGGUCGGCCGCCGUGGUACAAUGAGCAUGGAACCCAGUCCAAAGAAGCGUUUGUCAUUGGUCUGUGCGGCGGCAGCGCCUCAGGAAAAACCACUGUGGCCAGGAAAAUCAUUGAAGCUCUCGACGUUCCAUGGGUUGUUUUACUCUCCAUGGAUUCGUUUUACAAGGUCUUGUCUCCAGAAGAACAGAUUCUGGCUGCUACCAACGACUACAACUUUGACCACCCUGAUGCCUUUGAUUUUGAUCUACUCACUCACACUCUGCGCAAACUAAAACAGGGCAGGAGUGUGAAGAUCCCGGUGUAUGAUUUCACAACACAUGGCAGACAGAAGGAGUGGAAAACGGUGUAUGGGGCCAGUGUUAUCAUCUUUGAGGGGAUCAUGUCCUUUGCAGAUAAAGAACUUUUAAAGUUGCUGGACAUGAAGAUCUUUGUGGAAACAGACUCCGAUAUCCGUUUGGUUCGCCGGUUAAGGAGGGACAUCACAGAAAGAGGCAGAGAUACGGAGGGCGUCAUCAAACAAUACAACAAGUUUGUCAAGCCCGCCUUUGAGCAGUACAUCGAGCCUACAAUGCGCCUGGCCGACAUUGUGGUGCCACGCGGUGGUGGCAAUAUGGUAGCCAUUGAUCUGAUUGUACAGCAUGUUCACAGUCAGCUAGAGAAGAGGAAACUUCGCUGGGAUAUGGCAGCCCUGGCUUCUGCACACCAGGCCCAGCCCCUCCCCCAAACACUGAGCGUCCUUGAGAGCACACCCCAAGUUAGGGGUAUGCACACAAUUAUCAGAAACAAGGAAACCAGCCGUGAUGAGUUCAUCUUCUACUCCAAGAGGCUGAUGCGUCUGCUCAUCGAGCGAGCGCUGUCCUUCCUGCCCUCACAGGUUCAUAAUGUUCAAACCCCCCAGGGAGAGGAUUAUGAAGGCAGGACCUUCCAUGGGAAAAGGAUCACUGGUGUGUCCAUCCUGCGAGCGGGGGAGACCAUGGAGCCCGCUCUGAGAGCGGUCUGCAAAGACGUCCGCAUUGGCAAGAUCCUGAUCCAGACCAAUCAGGACACAGGAGAACCAGAGCUUCAUUAUCUGCGUCUACCAAAAGACAUGAGUGAGGAUCACGUGAUUCUGAUGGACUGCACCGUGUCCACCGGAGCUGCUGCCAUGAUGGCUGUACGGGUGCUGCUGGAUCAUGAUGUUCAGGAGGACAAGAUCCUGCUGGUGUCUCUGCUGAUGGCUGAAAUGGGGGUGCACUCAGUCGCCUACGCAUUUCCUCAGGUCAAAAUCAUCACCACAGCUGUGGACAAGAAGGUGAACGAUGUCUUUCACAUCAUACCUGGCAUAGGGAACUUUGGGGACCGCUACUUUGGAACAGAUGCACCACCUGACUGGAGCGAUGAGGACAUGGAUGAACCCAGUUACUGAUUGUUAUUUUUAUUUUUAUUCUUGUUGAAUGUACACCCUUUUUGGACAAUUUAAGGAGUUUUGAUGGCCAUGCUUGCUUUGUUUUUUUUAAGGAAAGUAAAGAAAAGUGCAAGAAUAAGACAUUGGUAUUGUAAAAUUGGAAUUUUAAAUGUUAUUUAAUGAUUGCUGUUGAGAAAUGUUUGUUUUAAAUUAUAAAAAGUUCUGCUUUUUUUAUUUGUACAGUAUAUUGUUGCAGUUUAAAGUGUAAAAAAUUGCAAAAAGAUAUUUUAAUGCUUAAAAUAAGACAAUCUCUUUGGAAGUCUGCAGACACCUUAAACUUUUUGCCUAAAGUCAUGCACUGUGGACGCAGCUGAAUGUUCAUUUGCACGAGGCGGGGGGGAAAGAAAAACAUCUAGCUUUUCAAGUUUAAAUCCACUUCUUUUUUUCUUUCUUUUUUUCAAGCAUAAGUCUGUUUCCUCACCACUUUUUUAUCAAAGUGGAGUUGGAACGUGAACUUAUAUUGCUCAACUUCCAUUGCCAUGAGCAGUUUCUGAAGGACCAUUCACUCGGAAAAUGUGUGGGUGUAUCUUUUUCAGCUCUUGCAUUUGCCUUCCUUCUUUUCUGCGGAUACUGACCUUACCAUCUGAAUAGGAUGUUGAAAGCCAUUUUACAUUAUGCAACUUUUAAGUAUGUGCUUUUAGCAUAUGGUUAUGUUAAAAAUCCUUUAUUUUCCGUAUCAUGAUGUGGAGGGAGCCGACCAUUCAGCGGGGAGGUGGUUUCGGGGUUUUUGACAUGAAGAUAUCACAGAUGGUUUUAUUCUCAUAUGCCUUUAUACACCACAGCAAUGUUUCUUUUUCAAUAAAGAGUUUUUGAACUGUUGAUUAUGAAUUUAAAUAUUGGGUCAAAAAAGUGCCUGACUUGUUUACUUGGAAGUAAUUUGGUAAUAAAUGAGAUUCAUUGGUUUGAUCACAGUGGGCCUGUCUAAAAAGAGGAGAGGAAUGUUCAGUAUUUUUUUUAUAAAGCUUUAGUAUUAAUGAAUUAAAACUAUUUCAUUGACAAUAAUAAAAUAAAUAUUCAGUUAUGUGUUUGAACCAAAACAAAGUGUUUUGCAGAUCUGCCUUUUUUUCUUCUACCGGCGUGUUAUUGAUGAACAAAAGGCGCGCUGUGGACUUUCUUCACUCCGAAUUGUUUUUAGUCAAUACAUGUUAUGGAAUUAUUGUGUUUUUAGGUGUAUUGUUGGACUUUGGAAAUUACUGAAAGAAAAUAAAAAUAAACUCUGACAUAAAGUGGCUUAAAUGCA